AUGAGUGGAGCAGAGAAGGUGGUGAGUGUAACCGGAGCGUCCGGUUACAUAGCUUCGUGGGUGGUGAAGCUGUUGCUGCAACGGGGGUAUACCGUCAAAGCCUCGGUUCGUGACCCAAAUGAUAAGAAGAAAACAGAACACUUACUUGCGCUGGAUGGAGCUAAGGAAAGGCUUCAGUUGUUCAAAGCAGACCUACUGGAAGAGGGAUCUUUCAAUUCCGUAGUUGAGGGUAGUGAAGGUGUUUUUCAUACAGCAUCCCCAUUUUAUCUCGAUGUCAGUGAUCCGCAGGCAGAACUAAUUGACCCUGCUCUGAAGGGAACGCUUAAUGUCCUUAGAUCGUGUGCUAAGGUGCCAUCUAUCAAAAGGGUGGUUAUAACAUCCUCUAUGGCAGCAGUUGCGUUUAAUGGAAAACCUCUUGCUCCUGAUGUGAUAAUCGAUGAAUCUUGGUUUUCAGAUCUAGCUGUUUGUGAAAAGUUAAAGCUUUGGUAUAUGAUUUCAAAGACCUUAGCUGAGGAAGCUGCUUGGAAGUUCACUAAAGAGAACGGAAUAGAUAUGGUUGCAAUAAAUCCAGGAUUGGUGAUUGGUCCUCUCUUGCAGCCAACUCUGAAUACAAGUGUGGAGCCUGUUCUAAAGCUCAUAAAUGGCACUGAAACAUUUCCAAAUAUAACUUACAGAUGGGUUGAUGUUAGAGAUGUUGCCACUGCUCAUAUUCUAGCCUUUGAGAAUGCUUCAGCUAGUGGGAGAUAUUGUUUAGUUGGAAGAAUAACACACUGUUCAGAGGUCAUGAAGCUUUUGCGUGAUCUCUUCCCUGCUCUCAAGAUUCCAGAAAAAUGUGCAGAUGACAAACCUUUCACACCAACUUACCAAGUUUCCAAGGAAAGAGCCCAAGCCUUGGGUGUUAAGUUUACGCCUCUGGAGGUAACAUUGAAAGAUACUGUGGAAAGUUUGAAGGAGAAGAACUUCUUUUAA